AUUAUUGUAAUUACUCACUAUUACUAUUACCAUGAUGGGCAGUUGUUCAUGGGCAUGGUAAUUGUGCCACAAUUACAAUGUCAUUCACAUCUUCCAACCAGUCAGCUGCAAACCAUUACAAUCAUUAUUUCCACACACAUAUUCCACUCAAAGUGGGCCUUUACAACUUGGACAAAAUCACCCUCACGUGUACCCCCCUGGGAAUAAAAAAAUUGUGCAGCAGGCAGUAUAUUCAAAUGUAUGAAUGAAUGUGACUGGGCCGCAGGCUUUUGUAUUCCCGGAGUUAAGACUCUGGCCAAGUCUCGCUGAGAAUCUGAGUAUAUCGUAUAUCCCGCAGCAUAGAAAUGAAGCAUGAUGGCUGUAAUUGCAAUAGGUGCACGGCUGGUAAAAGAACAUCUUGGAAGGGGAAGGGAGGAGCAUCAGUGUGGGGCAGGGAGUUCAAAAACAUCCACAGGAGGGUGUCCACCGCUUACGGUCUUUACUGGGGGAGCGUCACUGCUAUCUUGUCAUGCCCUUCAACUUCCUGAAUUGGACAGUGAAAUAUACAGUUGAGCUCCAAAUUCCUAUGACUUUAGAAUUGUUUGUGAAUGGUGUGAGUUGGAAUUGUUGGUACAUCACAGCAUAAUCGCAGCCAUCCCGAGAUACUAUGCAAAUAUGUCCCCUAGAUGCUGUGAGUAGUACUCUCACUAGGCCAUUCUUAUUGUGUGAUUUCCCCCCCGCUAGCCUAUUCCUACAAGUAGCAUGCAUGUUUACUCGUCCCAUCACUUCUAUUCUGCUUCAUUCGUGCAAUUUCUGUGGUGAUUUUCAUUGUUCAAUUACUUUUAAGUGGAGCAAUCACAUUAAUUUCAUAUCUCUUAUCGGUAUGGUAAUGGUUUAAUUUCAUUUGAACAUGCAUCAGAUUACAAUUGAGUGCAUCCCAUAAUCAGUUCACAUUUCCAUAUGUCCAAAAGGAGUAGGAAGAAGCAAAGCUUAUUAAAUCCUACCCCUCCGUCUGGUACUUCUACAAUCAGCAACUGUUACAUUUGUUCACUUCCUGCUUUCCAUAAUACAGUUUUUUUUAAUUAUUACAUUUUUUGUCUCGUACCAAAGUACGAGGUGAUAUGACCAUCCAAUGACAUAAUGGGUACCAUAGUAAGUGUCAAUAUAGUGAUAUAUAUAGCACAUCAUGACUGGUUCAAGACUCUUCAUCCUUGUAUUUAGCAAACAUCAACUGCUUGUAUUGUUUCUUGAAUUGGCUCAUCGUUGUGCAUCGUUUGAGGUCCUUACUCAAUCCAUUCCAUAGUUUGAUUCCACAUACUGAAAUGCUAUGGCUAGAAUAACGUAGUCCUAGCAUAGAAGUGUUUCAAAUGUAGUUCUUCCCUGAGAUCAUAUUUCUCCUCUCUUGUAGAGAAGUAUUAUUUUAGGUAAUUGGUUAUUUUUAGCCUUAUGCAUUAUUUUAGCUGUUUGAAGAUGAACUAUAUCAGCAAGUUUAAGUAUUUGUGAUUUUAGAAAUUAGGAGUUAAUAUGUUCUCUGUAGGCGGCAUUAUGAAUUAUCCUUACUGACCUUUUUUUGCAGUACAUUUAGCUAGUGAAGAUUGCUUUAAUAGUUAUAUAGUCGCAGGAUGAGUGCUGUGGGUUUCACUUUUGAAUUAUUUUUAGUCUAUGUAGUUAUUCUGAACAUGAAAUGUGUCGGUUAUUAUUAAGAUGAGGAGCGCUCGCAUUACAAUAAUUCUAUGACUCUCCUAUGUACAGUAUGUUGCCAGUGUGCAUGGAAUCUUCCCUGGCCUUGGCCAACCUAUUCCAAUGCUGCUAGUAAGGGAAGUGCAGCAUACUUGGGGUGCCGGUUUGUGCACUCACACUAGCCAAACAAACCAUGCUUUAGGUGUGAAGUGGGUCCCAAGCGUGGUGGAAUUGGCCUAGUGCGAGCACGCCCUUAGUGUUGGGACAGGGGUGUCGCGUUCUAAAAAUGACAUUUAAAGAAGGAAACAGUGAAAAAACCAAAAGUAUUAAAUAUUAAGAGAGUCAUGUCAUAAAGCUGGAAAAGUAAGGGAAAAAAGUUGUUUCAAAGUUUCUAUUUCUGGGAAAUGACAGUAAUUUCUGGUGUAUAAACCCCACCCACUAAAUUUUGAGGAAAAAAAAUAUGUGUACAUACAGUACAUACAUAUAUAAGCAGCACAUGCCCAUGUGGAAAAAACUGCUUAUUAUGACACACACGAGCUGCUCUUUAUUGGACAGGAGCCAAUAUGGGCUUAAAAUAAACAACAAUUUUAACGGUUUCCAUCAUGCAUUUAGUCCUAGCAAAGCAUUUUAUUGGACAUGGCUGAUGGGGGGGGGGCUGCAAUGAUUCAUCAGCUGCCUCUGUCCACCAGAGUGAGCCAGAGGAACCCAGAGCUCAGAGGGAGGCUCCUCUGGCUCCCUUUCCCCCCAGCAAUCAUGUCCAAUAAAAUACUUUGUCUGGACACCAUAUUUGUUUUUCUUUCUAAACUCAUAUUGGUACUUUGUAUUGUAUUUUUCUUACCCGCCUUUUGAGUGUUAAGUUGCUGUGUGAUGAUUAGAUGACCUCCUGCGAUUUCCAAUGGGUUGCUUUUUUUUUUAAGUCUUAACUUUUUUUUCAUUGCUCGUGAUUGCCUCCUGUCAAAGAACUACCUGGUCUUCACGGCCAAAGUGUGCCAUUUUAUGACGUGGACAUAUCUGGUCCGGCUUAUAUAUGUAAAUUUAGUGGGUGCGGCUUAAACGCUGUUAUGGUAAUAUAACAUACAUUAUUAUAUGACACCUUGAAUCAGACUUUUAUAUUGCGUAAUGACCUACGAUUUUUUUUUCAGUGGGUUGACAAGCUCGGCGCAGUAUUUGCACGAUUAGUAGUAGGUAAUCAUGGUCAUAAAUUAGCCGCUGGUUUAAAAGUUUCAGAAAAAACAUAGCCAAUUUAUAAUUUAUUGUCAACAGCAGAGCAUUUCAUUGGUCAAUGGUUGCUAUGGGUGGGAACUCAGCUGCAUAUUUCCUAGCUGCUUUUUAAUGUUAAGUUGCUGUACGAUGAUUUGAGCGUUCUUUGUAAGAUGACACCUUGAAUCAGACUUUUAUAUUAAGUAAUGACCUACGAUUUUUGUUUGUGGGUUGACAAGCUCGGCGCAGUAUUUGCACGAUUAGUAGUAGGUAAUCAUGGUCAUAAAUUAGCCGCUAACAUAGCCGAUUUAUACACUGGAAAGUAGCGGUAGUUCUUCGGCAUAACAAUGUCAAUAACAACAGCGCUGUAGCUUGGUUAGUAUGCAUGUGACAUUAUGUAAAUAAAUGUAAAUUUAGAAGGCUUUACAGGCGGAAUAGUUGCAUCUCAUUAUUAUUAUUAUAUGGACUCUUAGCUGUCUGUUUCAAAAUUCCCAAAGAGUGCAUUUUUCCUGUAUUUACACAAAUUUAUAAAUAAUUACUGACUUAGGGUGCAAAGUCGCGGGCAUCCAACAAUACCAACAAACGAAACAAUACGAACAAUAACAAAAAAAAUGUAUAUAUUAACUAACUCGUACACAAUUGACUUUGUCAGAAGUCCAUUUUUGCAAAGAUCCUCUGACCAAGCAAGAGUCUUUGGCAGGUCAUUGCUCCUAUAUUUGGAGCCACUUAAAGCAACGCCAGAUAGACGUGGAGCCAGCGGCCACAACCACACUUUGCUUUCUCCCCUUUGCACCAGAGCGACAGCUGGGUGUGGCGUUAUUACCGCCUUCGCUAUCAAACAGUGUGUUCAGGCAAACCUCCGAUUUGCCAUCCUUGAUCAACCUGUUUUGACCCGACGUCUCUCACCAGUCACUAUACAGUAUUUGCUAAACGUUCGAUCCCGUCACAACUCUGUCGCGACGGUGUGUAUAUGCAUAUUUUCAGCGUGUGAAAAGGCCGAGACCGAGCGAAUGCGGGCAUAUGGCUCUAGCAUGUGCUCCUUAAUGAGAGCUUUACUCACAUCCACCGCUAAAUGUGUGCCUCGUUUGAGGAGCGCUUGCACGUGUUUCGUGCAAGUGGACUCUUUUUCAAGGCUCAUCAUCUGUGUGCCGCCGCUCUCGUAACCUUUUGCACUCGUGGUGCGUUUAAUGACAUGCAAAAUGAAUUCCCCCCCGCACAGCUCCUGCUGUCCUUUUGGUAGGAAUGACCACAGAGUUUCUCCCCGUUUGACUUUCUGGCUGUUGAGUGCAAUAAUUGGCCACACAGAGUCGAAAUAUCUUUGUUUGGCCUGCGGAGGCUUGCGGCGUAAACCCACAAGCGGUAGGCCUCGUAAAUCUGCGGGACUCCAAUGUCAGGCCCCAAAUUAGCUCCUCUUCUUUACAAUGACUUCACUCCCACCCAAAAUGUCUACCAUAUAUGUGGGAUUCCAUCCAAGAAACCUCACAUGCUCCAUUUUGUUCUUUUUGAAAGAAAGUCGCUACCGUGUGUGCUUGUGAUAUACGUACACACGGUAGUAUUUUGAUACUGCAAGAUUAUAUGUCUAUCCUCAGUAUUUGGCAUUAUUUUUCCAUUCAGCCCCAUGAAUGCUGACUGUUUGGCUUGGCCUGGCUUUAAAAGUACAGAUGUGGCCUGUGGACAGGGUGAAAAAUGAUUCAGUGGAUAAAUAGUCUUCACUUCAUGAAAUAAUGCGCCUAUUCACACACCCUGGAAUGAAUGAAUGAAUGAAGGUGUUAAAUCCAAAGCCGGGGUGAAAUGAUUGCAUCAGGAGCUGCAACUGUAAAAAGUGUAAAAAAAAAAAAAUCAUAUUUUCAUGAAGUCCAAUUCCUUUGAAUGCUCACCAUGCACAACAUAAGCCACUCAUCUGAAAAUAUACACAACACAUUCCACGCUUGCCUUGCAGCUGUUGCAUCUAUUCUCAUGAUGCGUUCGCGUAUCGUUAAGACUCUCGUGAUUUGAUGAUUGCGCCGCAAGUCCGACGGGUCAGUGAACGCAACUUAGGAUAUAUUUAUAUGAUUACAUUUCUCUGCACGCAAAAAAAAAACAAAAACAAAACAAAAAAAAAAACCUUGCAUGCUUUUGCAUUGCAUGCAAGCCGUGCAGCGUCGGGAGUCCUGCAAAAAAGACGAGAGCGAGGGGGUGGGAGGCAAAGUUUUUUCCCUGAAAGUUUGUGUGAGCUUUCUAGGCGGGGUUACUGUAAGCUUUGCAGCAUGGAGUGAGAGAAACAAGGACGGCGAGCGAUUGCAAUGCAGCACCACGCCGAGCUUCCAUGCAAUUUCAAUAAGCUCGUCUCCGCGUCUUCUGUGUGAAAAAAAAUCACCAUGUACUCCCCGUACUGCUUGACACAGUAUUACCCUACUCACCUUCUAAACAAUGCCUUAGUGGAUGAAUUUCAUCCCUUCAUUGAGGCCCUCCUCCCCCAUGUCCGUGCCUUCUCGUACACCUGGUUCAACCUGCAGGCCCGUAAACGCAAGUACUUCAAGAAGCAUGAAAAGAGGAUGACCAAGGAUGAGGAGCGUGCGGUGAAGGACGAGCUGCUGGGGGAGAAGCCAGAGAUCAAGCAGAAAUGGGCCUCGCGCCUCCUCGCCAAGCUCCGCAAGGACAUCCGACCCGAGUUCCGGGAGGACUUUGUGCUCACCAUCACAGGGAAGAAGCCGCCGUGCUGUGUGCUGUCCAACCCCGACCAGAAAGGCAAGAUCCGACGUAUCGACUGCCUCCGUCAGGCCGAUAAGGUGUGGCGGCUGGAUCUGGUGAUGGUCAUCCUCUUCAAGGGCAGCCCGUUGGAGAGCACGGACGGGGAGCGGCUGGUCAAGUCGCCCCAGUGCUCCAACCAUGGCCUGUGUGUCCAGCCGCACCACAUUGGAGUGACGGUCAAGGAGCUGGACCUCUACCUGGCCUACUUUGUCCACACACCAGAACAAUCAGGACAAUCAGACAACUCAAACCAGCAAGGGGAGACAGAUGUCAAGCCCCCGCCGAAUGGCCACUUGAGUUUCCAGGACUGCUUUGUGACUUCAGGAGUGUGGAACGUAGCGGAGCUGGUCCGUGUGUCACAGACCCCAGUAGCUACAGCGACUGGCCCAAACUUCUCCCUCGCUGACCUGGACAGCCCCGGGUACUACAACAUCAACCAGGUGACCUUGGGACGGCGCUCCAUCACCUCUACUCCCUCUACCAGGACUGAAAUGGAGCUUUAUGCAAGUCUCCCACGGAGCUCGAACAAGCGCAAGUCCAUCGACGACAGUGAGAUGGAGAGCCCAGUGGAUGAUGUCUUCUACUCGGGCCGUUCGCCAGCGGCCGGCAGCAGCUCACAGUCCAGUGGCUGGCCCAAUGAUGUCGAUGCAGUGCAGCACCAUUUGGCCAGUGUGCAGGAGAGGAAGAUUAAGCAUGAGAGCGAUGGAGUGCAGUUUCCUUACCAUGGACUGUCAUCGCCUGGUUCUCUUAAGAAGCCGGGGAAAUUCGAUUUCAGCGCCCUGUCCUCCCAGACGAGGUCCCCCCGCAUGGCGUUCACCCACCACCCACUGCCAAUGCUGGCGGGAGUGAGACCAGGGAGUCCCCGUGCUUCUGCCUCGGCCCUGCACUUCCCGUCGCCCUCCAUCAUCCAGCAGUCAAGCCCCUACUUCACCCACCCGACCAUCCGCUACCACCACCACCCUGGACAGGACCCCCUGAAGGAGUUUGUGCAGUUUGUCUGUGCUGAUGGCCCAGGGCAGGCCGCCGGACAGCCAAACGGGAGCGGCCAGAGCAAAAUGCCAGGCUCCUUCUUGCUGCCUCCACCUCCCCCAGUGGCCCGCCCAGUGCCCCUCCCUAUGCCCGACUCUAAACCCAACAGCACGCCCCCUGACGGCGGACUCUCCUCGCCCGCAUCUCCGUCAUACUCCACGUCAGGCGCCACAGCUCCCAACAGGUUUGUCGGCAUCGGAUCACGGGACAACAACUUUCUGAACAUCCCGCAGCAGACACAGUCUUGGUUCCUCUGACAAGAUCUGUGCACAAACCAGCAACGAGAAAUCUUUCUUUACAAUCAAAAAUAGAUUAUAAUUGUCCUCCAAUCACAACACAGUACAGUGACGGGCCAUUACAGUGCAUCUCACCUACCUAAGCCAAAACACAGAGAAACACCGCAGGAAAAUUCAGCAGCACUUAGAGGAACUCUGGACUCAUCGUAUUCAGUCGGAGGAGGGAGCCAUAUGGAGCAAAGAACGCUCGAUGGAAAGAUGAUGAUGGCAUGGACAAGACGAGGACAAGAAAGCGAAGGGUAAGGUGAGAGAUGGCAGCGAGCGGCUCGGAGGGGACGUGGGGGGGGAUGUCUCCUGAAAUAUCAGCACAACGUGAUAGCGACGCAGGAUGAACCUGAGGAGGAGAACUUUGCAAGGAUGCAGUGGCUACAAAAAUCAACGACAUUUGAGCAGAACCCAGAAUGAAAUAUCGAUUCCCAGUGAAAGCUGCAGUGCGUGUUCACCACCCAAAACCUGUUUUCCCUCCCAGAACGACCACUGACUCUUCAAAUGCCCCCCUUCUAACUAAAGAGACACCAUGCCAAAAUAUAGCUUGUAGGCUUUGCACCUACAGGCUCAAUCAAUUAACAUGAAUCUAUCGAUGUGCACUAAUUACACGCAAGGCAUGGAGGCCAACCGCUUGGCCCGCCCCCACAAAGUCAAGACCCAUCACAUCUGCCCACACUUUGUAAACAGGAAGUCCGAUCAGACAAAACCUGUGCCAUGAACGCAGCAUUUGUAUACAGUUAGUAAACGCACCAUGUAGUAUUCCCAAAGGGUGUGUUGUGUAGUUACAAAGCGAGCCCCGCUGAACCGUCACUACCUAUUUGGUUAGCAAUAUCCAACCAACACUGUAAGAUCAGUGUGCUCCGAUAUCCACGCCCCCCCCCUACCCCCACCACCCCUCUUGUAAAGUAGGUGAUUACAUUUGGUAUCUCGUGCAUGUUCUCUUAUUUGAAUUCCUUUUGGAUUUGUACUAUUUUAUAAUUGUUUUAUAUUUGAAUGACAGCACCUUAUAAAGAAAUACAGUAGGGCGUUUGCAAGGUGGUUAGCGAUACCCAUGGUCAUGGAUGGAAAACAGAGAAGAAAACAAUUCAAACAUUUUAAGGAACAUUUGGAAGGAGCCGGUGGUUUUGUUUCCGGUUUCUAGCAUUUUUACCCCCGAAGAAAAAUUCCAAGUACUAGAACUAUCUAGUACUCUUCCUUAUUCCUCAGUGCCAAACACAGGGUUCAUAUGAAGGCUUAGUGAGUGUUGCUUGUUUCUCAUGUUUCUUCUAAAUUUUUACGGUAUGAAAAAAAUUCCUCGGAAUGUCAUUUGGCUAAUUAUUUAAACCCGUUAAAGUGGACUCCGCUUAUCUACCAACUCAAGUCCUGGUCCUCCGUGUUCUUCAUUCAUUCAUUUUUUUUACCGCUUAUCCUCACAAUGGGGGAUCCUCGCAGGGGGGUGCUGGAGCCUAUCCCAGCUGUCUUCUGGCGAGAGGCGGGGGUACACCCUGGACUGGUCGCCAGCCAAUCACAGGGCACAAAUAGACAAACAACCAUUCACACUCACAUUCAUACCUAUGGACAAUUUGGAGUCGCUAAUGAACCUAGCAUGUUUUUGGAAUGUGGGAGGAAACCGGAGUAAACCCACGCAUGCACGGGGAGAACAUGCAAACGGAGGGUGGAAUUGAACGCGGGUUAACUAGCUGUGAGGCUUGCGCCAUAACCACUCGGCCGCCGUGCAGCCCCUCCGUGUUCUUAUUAGUACUAAAAACUGCAUUUGCCGUGCACUUUGACCCUCGAUAAGCCGUAUGAACCCUGCAAACGUAACCAUGGCAACUGCAAGACUACAAACUAGAAUGUUUUGACAAUCAGAAAAGAAAAAAAAGUCGAGAAAAGUCACCGAUUCUGUACGCUAAGUGAAACGGAAGAGAAAGGGAAAGGUUGCUGAAAACGGGAAAGCUGUUCUUUUUCUGUCUCCAUUUAAAAAAAAAAAAAAAAAAAAAGUUUACCUGUUGUUUACACUCCGAGACGGACCGCUGCUCCAAGAGCGGAGGGAACCACGCUGCGGAGCAAAAUGAAUAUGUGACAUAUCGGUCUCUUUUCAGUCGCUUUUUUUGUUUGUUUGUUUUUUUUAAAGGUUAAUUAAGGAGAAAUGGGAUGUAGGUAAACGAUGGCGGCUCUGGUCAUCUCAACCAUCGUCAUGGGAAUCGAUGAGCCCCGAUUGAUCAAAAAUGCACUAAAACAAUCACGCCAGCCAAACGUUUUGUUUUUUUUUUCUAAACCACACACACCCUGCCCAACUCCGCCCAAAAGGGGGGGAAGUCUUAAAUGUUGACAAUCUGACGAGGCCUUGAUGCUCGUAAUCCUUUUAUAUGAACGCCGCUUAUUGUCGUUUCUGAUGGACGUUCCGUUGGAAAGCGCUCACCCGAAAACCUCACAAAAUAACUGGACUGCCCGGCCACGUUCCUCACUCUCCUCACUGCAGGGAAGCUCCAUAGUCGGUCGGCCAUGCAUCUCAUCAGCCUCAUUAGAUUGAGCAAGCUCUGUUGACUCCACGGCGGCUUGGGUGGUUUCUUUUGGAAUCUAAAGGAAGUGCCUCUGUAUUCCCAUUAUGCAAUUUGUCAAACAUGAAUUCAGGUUUUUUUUUUUUCUCCACAUAUAAGCUAUAGUGAACGGUGGAGGGGUUGGGGGGAGAAAAUUCUAUGUUUAAAAACAGCUCACUAGAUAAGCAAGCAUCUUUCUAUAUAAUACACAUAUAUAUUUAUAGCUACAGUAUAUCAUUUUGUUUUGAUUUGCAAUAUAAGCUCAGUGGCAGUCUAGUUAUUUUUUGAAGCAUGGCAGUCAUAGGUUGGAUCGCACAAUCAGCAGAUCGGAGCUACGGUAGCAGCCUCUAAAUUGCUCAACACGGCCGGAGAAAUGAGGAAAAAUCCACAGCAAACGGAAUAGGAAAAAGAAAUCGGAUAGUGUAGAUGGGUAAAAAAAAAAAAGCAACAAAAGAUCAACUGGUGUUUAGUUGUUUUCUUUCUUGUUGGGAUGGGAAGUAUUGUUAUUGAAACGCAAUGAUGUGUGUUGAUUGAGCCAUGUGCAAUGCCUUGGUAGAGGAUUUGUGUUUCUUUGUUCGUGAUUGUUUAAGGGUGUUGCGAGAAGAGAGGACAUAACCUCUCGCUCUUUUUUUUUUUUUUUGUUUUCUGUUGGUGUUACUUGUGUUUCAAGUCCAUAGACUCUGGGACUCUAAAUAUAAGAGUGGAGAAAAAAAAUCCAACUCAUUGUAAGUAAGUUUGGGGGAAUUGUUUUUUAUAUAUAUAUACAUAUAUAUACAUAUAUAUAUAUGUAUAUAUAACUUUCUUUGGUCUUUGUUUUAUAAGAAAAACUUUAUUUCUAAUCAUUUGUUUUAAACACGUGGGAGGGCUGAAGGAACAACUUUGCAACUCAGAAAAUAUACAUAUAUAUCACUUUGAAAACUGGUGCUUUCUUUCCGAGAAGUAUUAGGGCCAUACAGAUAUGGAAAAAGAAAAAUUAUAUAUAUAUAUGUAUACAGUAUAUAUGUACAUUUAAAAAUUAAAUAAAAAAUUUAAAUAAAAAAUCCUAAUUUCCAAAACUUUUCUCCCCCCAAAAAUCUCUUUAAAAAAAAAUAGCCAAAAAAAACAGUAUUCUCAGAUAUUGUCAUAAUAUUAUGACCUCCCCUGUAAUACAGUAGAUCUCUGCUUUUUACGUUACGUUCCAGGCGAAAAACUGCAAGGAAUCCAUACGGCGACAUUCUCCGAUUUCAGAUCGACAUUUGCAAUACAUUUGACUAUUGUAAUUAUUACAUUAGCUUCAGCUCAAGAACCUAGCCCUUCUCCUUUAAACCCAAAAUAUCCUCAUAUUGAACAGAUGCAAUCAGAGUCAGGGUGUAACCAGUACGGUGCGUUCAAGGAUCCCUCAACACGGUGACAAAAAAAAAUAUUAACAAUGAAGCAUAAAGAAAUAAAUGUUAAAAAUUUGCCUUUUUUUUUACCAGUGGUACAUGUGUGCUGUACAUUUUAUCAGUAUUGUCACAUUUAUAAAUACUUAUGAACUUAUUGCAAAUGAGAUGUCUUUUUGGAGACCCAUCUUUGGAGAAAAUAAAUACCGCAAAUUCUGUUGCAUAAACCACAUGUGUCCAUGUCAUAAAGAACCCACGACGUGUUUGUCAACCCAUUGGAAAUUGCAGGAUGCCAUUACUCAAUAUAACAGUCUAACUUACAAAAAAACAUUAAGCUCAGCACACAGCAACUUAACACUCAAACGUUAUACCUCCAGAAAUAUACACACAUGUACCAAGACUAGUUUAAAACAAAAACUGUAAGUGUUCCCUUAACGCAUUUUGUUUGAGAGAACCAUCUCAUUGGAGGAGCUCAGAAAGACAAAGCUGCCAGAUGACCCAGAGGGAGGCUGUUGUCAUUGCAGCACCCCAAUGAAUGCAUUGUUCAGAUGCCAUACAUUAUUGGAAAACUUAAAAAUUGUAUUAUAUUUGGACGUUUCUAUAUUUGUCAGGUGCACCUUUAGAGUGUUACGUUGCUGUGUAAUGAAUUUAGUGUCUGUAAAGUGUUCUUUGAAGGAUUACUUUUUCAGGACAAAAAAUCCGUACAUUUGCAGGGUGUUGAGAUCUACUGUAUUAUGAUUUUAUUCUCAUGAAUUGACAAACCUUUUGCUGUUAUUGCAACUUUGUGUGGCCCAAAUACUCCCUCAUGCUUUCUAAAGACUAAAGUGCAGUCAAUCUAUUAUACAUAAAUACAAUAAUACUACACACAAUUAUCAUAAAAGCAAAUUUUAGGGAAACAUGCAUUAAUCUACUUGUCUUUUUGUAUUUACCGAGAGGGGGGAGGGGUUCACUGUGUGUGGGAAAAAAAAGGUUGUUGUGACAAAAGGCAUUUUUCCCCUUCAUGAACUUCCAACACCACGUGGAUUGUAUCAUCUUCUAUCCAAACACGGGACAUAGACAAGAUCUCACUUUGGGAGAUGCACACAAAGACCUUGAAUGAUGAUUUUUUUUUCCUGGUCUGGCAAGAUGGGAUUUUUGUUUUUAUUUGAUGUAAAAAAUUCCGUCAGAGGUUUGCAUCUUUGCUCUGAGUGGUGCUGUCAUCCAUUCAAAGGAGCCCCCCCUCUCGCUAUAAUCCCAACAUCUCCCAUUUGUAAAUGACUAUAAAUAUUUGUUUGGUGAUGUAGUGUUCUAGACUCAGAGCAUCUUAAAGGUCAUCCCUAAAAAAAAGUGCCUUUUGUUCACAGAUUCCAUCUUGUAUACUCCUGAGUGCCCAUCUCAAAAAGGAAAAAAAAAAAAGUCCCCUCCUUCAUCCUUCUAUAUCCACUUGUUUCUCUUCUUCUCCUCCUUUUUAAAUCAGUAUACAUCGUACUAAAGGCAACUGGUGUGAUUUAGUUCCUAUUUUUAUUGUUGAAUAAUAAAAAAAAAGCAGAAAAAGCAACAAAAAAAACAAAAAAAGCUUCUUUUUCCUCUGUAUCUUGUCUUCUGUCUAUCUCGGACACUGGAGUAGUCUGUAGCUGCCCCCCUUCCCUUCCCUCCCUUCCUCCUGCUCCUUUCUUUUUUCCCCCUUUUUCUCAGAACGGUGGGGUUUAAAAGAAAAAAAGAAAAAAAAACACCUUUUAUUUUUGUCUGAGCAGAAUGCAGUUAGCACACAUGUUAUUCUUGUCUGUACGCUUCACAUUGUAUUACCAUUACCCAUCUUCUUCAGCUUCUCCAUUCAACAGCUAAUGUAAGUGAACAAGUUACACCAGCGGGCUCUGGGCUGCGUUGAGGAUCAUUAUGAGGGAGGGGAGGGGGGGGCGGAGAGGCCGCAAGCACUCAUUGGGUUUAAAUGAGGGAGAGAGGCAGUGCUGUAGAACUGCUAGUGUAUAGGCAGGUUAGUUUGUAAUCCUUGUUUGUGUCUAUUUAUUAUUUUUAUAAUUACAUUUGGACUUACUUAUUGAUGAUUUUUUUAUUAUUAUUAUUAUUAUUAUUAUUGUCAUUGCAACUUGCAGCACUAAAACGCUGCACUCAAUUAUGCACCUUUCAAGUGGUUGAAUGAGACUCACUUUAAAACAAACAGUCAAAAAAAAAAAAGCACCUUAUAAGCAGACCGGUUCCACGGCGUCGAGGCUUAAAGGCUCAUAAGCACAAAAAAAAACAAAAAAACAAAUAAGGUCACACGCUGCCUUCCAAUAUGGACUCUUUCUAUAAAAUUAGCAGCAAUGUGUUCCAGACGUGUAGACCAAAAGCACCUUGGAAUCGUACCAUCAGCAGCAGUAUUAACAAGCACCACAGCGGAGAAGCCAUAAUGGGGGGGAGGGGGGGAGGGACAGGUUGCACCUAAACCACCAAGAGUGCUUGUGCUCCUCAUCCCUUCAAAAGCAGCAUCCCAUCCUCACACACACUUCCAAGAGCCCCUGGUGAAAUGCAUGUGUUAAAGUUUCUUUUCCAUAAUAAGAUUUUAAAAAAGCAGUUUGAAAAAGAGCAACACUUGAUUGAAUAAAAAGGAUGUUCUUGACUGUAUUUGGUCUUGUGUACUUCUUGUUUUGGAGCUUCUAUUUCACUGUACUUCUAUUUCACGGCGGUGAUAAGCGAACCUAAUAAGACCCUUAGCAGCAAAAACUGCAAUCAAGAGUUUCUGAUAACUUGCAAUGAGUCUCUUCCAGCGCUGUGGAGGAAUUUUGGCCCACUCAUCUUUGCAGAAUUGUUGUCAUUCAGCCACACUGGAGGGUUUUCCAGCAUGAACAGCCUUUUUAAGGUCAUUCUAAUUCAGGAUUUUUUGGUAGAUGGUUCCAUUUAUCACAGCAAGUCUUCCAGGUCCUGAAGCAGAAAAACAACCCCAGACCGUCACACUACCACCACUAUGUUUUACUGUUCUUUUUCUGAAAUGUAGCAUUUUUACACAGAAUGUUUUGGUACACAAAGUAUAACAGAAUUUAUGCUUCACAGCAAGUCUUCCAGGUUCUGAAGCAGAAAAACAGCCCUGGAUCAUCACACUACCACCACCAUUGUUCACUGGUCUUUUUCUGAAAUGUAGCAUUUUUACACAGAAUGUAUUGGUACACAAAGUAUAACAGAAUUUAUGCUUCACAGCGAUUAUUUCAGGUCCUGAAGCAGAAAAACAACCCUAGACCAUGACACUACCACCACUAUGUUUUACUGUUCUUUUUCUGAAAUGUAGCAUUUUUACACAGAAUGUAUUGUUACAGAAAGUAUAACAGAAUGUAUGCUUCACAACAAAUUAUUUCAGUUUCUGAAGCAGAAAAACAACCCCAGACCAUCACAAUACCACCAUCAUGUUUUACUGUUCGUUUUUCUGAAGUGCAGGGUUAUUUGUACACCAGAUGUAUUAGUACACAGUCAUGCUUCCAUGUGUCACAGCAAGUCUUCCAGGUUCUGAAGCAGAAAAACAGCCCUGGACCAUCACACUACUACCACCACCAUUGUUUACUGGUCUUUUCCUGAAAUGUAGUAUUUUUACACAGGAUGUAUGCUUAUAUGUAUCACAGCAAGUCUUCCAGGUUCUGAAGCAGAAAAACAACCCGGGACUAUCACACUACGUCCACCAUAUUUUACUGGUUUUUUUUCUGAUAUGUAGUAUUUUUACACCAAAUGUAUUGGUACUCAAAGUUCAACUGAAUUCAUGCUUCCAUCUAUCACAGCAAGUCUUCCAGGUUCUGAAGCAGAAAAACAACCGGGACCAUCACACUACCACCACCAUAUUUUACUGUUCUUUUUCUGAAGUACAUUGUUUUUACAGCAGAUACAUUGGUACACAAAGUAUGACGUAAUUUUUUGUAACAUUUAUCACAGGAAGUCCUCCAGGUUCUGAAGCAGCAAAACGGCCUCAGAACAUCACACUACCACCACUGUAUUUUACUGUUCUUUUUCUGAAAUGUAGCAUUUUUACACAGAAUGUAUUAGUACAUAAAGUAUAACAGAAUUUAUGCUUCCAUGUAUCACAGCAAGUCUUCCAGGUUCUGAAGCAGAGUGCAGCGUUAUGUGUACACCAGAUGUAUUGGUACACAAAGUAUAACGGAAUUUUAUGCUUCCAUGUAUCGCAGCAACUGUUCCAGGUUCUGAAGCAGAAAAACAACCCCGGACCAUCACACUACCACCACCAUAUUUUACUGUUCUUUUCUGAAGUGCAGGGUUAUUUUUACGCCAAGUGUAU